CAUCUGUGAAAGUCGACACUUCAUUACCGUUCGCUUCGCAAACCAACGUCAUGGCAGAAUCAUCAAAGUUCAAGUCCUUAGCAAAUCUGGCUGUCCUCGGUCCUGACGACCAUAUCGCCGAGGGUGACUCUCGGAUUGUACACGACCUCAUCCCCUUCGAUUACUACUACCCAUCCGGACCAUUGAAGCCUCUUGCAGACAUAAUCUUCCAGGAGCUCUAUGACGAGGUGAGAUGGCAGAAGAUGCUGCACCAGCAGGGCGAGGUGCCGCGUCUAGUAUGCUGCCAGGGCGAGUUCGGUGACGAUGGGUCGAAACCUGUGUAUCGCCAUCCUGCAGAUCAGACUUUGCCUCUGCUGCACUUCUCGCCCAAGGUACAAUACAUUAGAAGACAGGUGGAGAAGCUCGUCGGACACCCACUCAACCACGUUCUCAUCCAACUCUACAGAAGCGGAAAUGAUUACAUUUCCGAGCACUCCGACAAAACCCUCGACAUCGCCAAAGGCUCCUCGAUCGUAAACAUAAGCUUCGGCGCCCAACGAACAAUGCGCCUCCGCAGCAAGCGUUCCUCCACCCCAAAAUCACCCAGCGACGAAGACCCUCCUCCGCGCUCAACGCAGCGCGUCGCCAUGCCGCAUAACUCCAUGUUUGUGCUCGGGCUGCGCAGCAAUGAAAAAUGGCUGCACGGCAUUAUGGCAGAUAAACGUCUCCCCACCGAGCGCAGCGCCCCUGAAACUGCAUACUGCGGCACCCGCAUCAGCCUGACCUUCCGCCACAUCGCGACGUUCCUCGAUGCCAAAGAAACUGUGAUUUGGGGCCAGGGUGCGACAUCGAAGGACCAACGCGGUGCAGCAGACAUCGUUGAAAAUGAUGAACCGGAAGCGGAGCGGUUGAUAUGCGCUUUUGGCGCUGAGAACCACAGCAAUGACUUCAACUGGGAGGACUGGUACGGUGACGGUUUCGAUGUGUUGCAUUUGCACGAGCCGCCUGAGCAACUGCCAAGUCUGUUUGCCAGUAGUAAUGCAGUCGAGACGAAGCAGAUCCAGCUCGCGCUUGCGGAAGCCAAGAUCAAUCACACGCUGCUCGAUGCACCAGACCUCGACAUCGCGCUCGGCUCGGGGCAGAAGAUUAUGUACCGCGACAGCGAUACGCAUUGUACUGAAGUAGAAGGCGUCGCUGCGAUACUCCACUAUAUCGAUCGGUACCACUCUUUCUGCGCGGACAGACCGGUCACUGCUAAGGCGUACGCGUUACUCGAGACAGUUGCUCGGUUCUCACAGCCUUCGGUUGGUAGCUCAUCGAGCGAAGCGAAUGAAGCGAGCUCAGAAGUACCAAAUGAACCAAAGGAGUUCAAGGAGUCAAGUCCAGUUCCCCCGACUGGGUUCAAGGCAAUGCUGCACGGUUUGAAUGAGCAGCUGAAGGAUCACGGUGGGCCGUUUCUAGCAGGUAAGCGGUUCAGCAUUGCGGAUUGUGUCGUCUGGCCUUUACUUGAUGAGUGCAUGGAGAACUGGGAGAAUUGGGAUGAGUCAGAAUGGUCAGGGCUGGCGGAGUAUUACAGGGCGACGUGGAAGAAGAAGGCGUGUUUGAAGAAGUUAAGGAGUGAGUUGCCUGCUGGAAAGGAACUAUGAGUAAGAAGGUGUUUGGGAAUGUGCCCAUUAGUUUC